AUGGCGGACGAAGUUUACGACGGUGCCAUUGGCAUUGAUCUGGGUACUACCUACUCCUGUGUUGCUAUCUACGAGGGUAGCAAUGUCGAGAUCAUCGCCAACGAGCAGGGUUCUUUCACCACCCCUUCUUUCGUUUCUUUCACUGAGAAGGAGCGUCUGAUCGGUGAGGCCGCCAAGAACAAUGCUGCCAUGAACCCCCGCAACACUGUCUUCGAUGCCAAGCGUCUGAUUGGUCGUCGUUUCGAUGACCCUACCGUCAAGAAGGACAUCGAGUCUUGGCCUUUCAAGAUUGUCGAUGACAACGGCAGCCCCAAGAUCGAGGUCGAGUACCUCGGUGAGAACAAGCAGUUCUCCGCUCAGGAGAUCUCCUCCAUGGUUCUCGUCAAGAUGAAGGAGAUUGCCGAGGUCAAGCUUGGCAAGAAGGUCGAGAAGGCUGUCAUCACUGUCCCCGCCUACUUCAACGACAACCAGCGUCAGGCUACCAAGGACGCCGGUUCCAUUGCCGGUCUCAACGUCCUCCGUAUCAUCAACGAGCCUACCGCCGCCGCCAUUGCCUACGGUCUUGGUGCCGGUAAGUCCGACAAGGAGCGCAACGUCCUCAUCUACGAUCUCGGUGGUGGUACUUUCGAUGUCUCUCUCCUCAACAUCCAGGGUGGUGUCUUCACUGUCAAGGCUACUGCCGGAGACACCCAUUUGGGAGGACAAGAUUUCGAUACCAACCUCCUCGACCACUGCAAGAAAGAGUUCGGCCGAAAGACCAAGAAGGACCUCUCUGGCGAUGCCCGUGCCCUCCGACGUCUCCGAACUGCUUGUGAGCGUGCCAAGCGUACUCUCUCCAGCGGUGCCCAGGCCACCAUUGAGAUUGAUUCUCUCUUUGAUGGCGAGGACUUCACUAUGUCCAUCACCCGUGCUCGUUUCGAGGACUUGAACGCCAAGGCUUUCUCUGGCACCAUUGAGCCCGUUGCCCAGGUUCUCAAGGACGCCGCCAUCGAGAAGAAGGCCGUUGACGAGAUCGUCCUCGUCGGUGGUUCCACCCGUAUCCCCAAGAUCCAGAAGCUUCUGUCCGAGUUCUUCGACGGCAAGAAGCUCGAGAAGAGCAUCAACCCCGAUGAGGCUGUUGCUUACGGUGCCGCCGUCCAGGCCGGUAUCCUCUCCGGAAAGGCCACAUCUGCUGAGACCUCCGACCUCCUCCUCCUCGAUGUCGUUCCUCUGUCUCUCGGUGUCGCCAUGGAGGGUAACAUCUUCGCCCAGGUUGUUCCCCGUGGUACCACCUGCCCUACCCUCAAGAAGCGAACCUUCACCACUGUUGCCGACAACCAGCAGACCGUUCAGUUCCCCGUCUACCAGGGUGAGCGUGUCAACUGUGAGGACAACACCUCUCUCGGUGAAUUCACCCUCGCUCCCAUCCCUCCCAUGCGCGCCGGUGAGGCCGUCCUUGAGUGUGUCUUCGAGGUCGACGUCAACGGUAUCCUCAAGGUCACCGCCACUGAGAAGACCUCCGGCCGCAGCGCCAACAUCACCAUCUCCAACUCCGUCGGAAAGCUCACCAGCGACGAGAUUGAGAAGAUGGUCAACGACGCUGAGCAGUUCAAGAGCAACGAUGAUGCUUUCCAGAAGAAGUUCGAGGCUAAGCAGCAGCUCGAGUCCUACAUGGGCCGUGUUGAGGAGAUCGUCUCCGACCCCACUCUCUCUCUUAAGCUCAAGCGUGGCCAGAAGGAGAAGAUCGAGAACACCCUCAGCGAGGCUAUGUCCGUUCUCGAGAUCAGCGACAGCACCGCCGAGGACCUCAAGAAGCAGGAGCUUGCCCUCAAGCGUCUUGUUACCAAGGCCAUGUCCUCCCGAUAA